CCCAACCUCCCGCAUUCGUCUUGGAGCUCUUGCAGCUAAGCUUCCCUGCAGCAGAAGCUCUUGUUCUACAGACCGAACCCCCCUCUCUUAGUUCCGUUGUGUCCAGGCUCUUCCAUUGUCCGUCCCCCAUUCGCAGCUACGGUUAGUUUCGCAUUGUUUUGGACCAUGCCAUUGACCCUAGCUCGGCGUGGAGUGGGUAUCCUCCGGAGCCUGUAUCUCAGCGACGUAUUCUCUCAUCCCGUUCGUGUCGCUAUUGCCCAGAGUCAUGUCAGGCGAAUUUGCUUGGUUACGCGCAGCCAGUCUUUGCGUCCAAUUUCCAAACCCCUUCCGUCGACCGGUGUGCUAUCGCAACGUCUAAUCAAGACUUAUGCGACCACAACUGACGACAAUCCCAAGAAGACCAGCAAGACCAAGACUUCUAAAGCUAAGAAGGGCACUCGGGAAACAAAGAAGAGCUUGUCAACGGAGCGAAAGCGGCCGGGGAAAAAGCCAUUGACUGAGAAGCAAAAGGAGGCCAAGAAGGAACGGGAACACAGACAGCUUAUCAAGGACCUUAAAGAAGCUGCACUGAAGCCGCCACAGAAGCUUCCAGAGCGCCGGUGGAACUUGACUGUUAUGCACAAGCUCCCAGAAGCGAUGAAGACUCACGGUAACCAAACCGAUGCGUUUAGAGCUGCUACCGAGCUUGCGAAGACCAUUAGCCAGGAAGAGCGAGAGCGUAUUUCCGCGCUGGCAGUAGCCAACAAAAACGCCAAUGAAGCUGCAUACGAGGAAUGGAUCAAAAGCCACAGCCCCCUUGAGAUCAAAGAAGCCAAUCUAGCCCGGAUCAAACUCUCAAAACUCACACAGAAGAAAUACCGUCCUCUUCGCGAUGAUCGUUUGGUCAAGCGUCCGCUCGGGGCUUUUGUCAUCUUUUACAAGGAACGAGUCGAGCCUGGCGACUUCAAGCAUAUGUCUAUAAGGGACAUAAAUGCACAGAUCAGGGAGGAAUGGAGAGGUAUGACGGAGUCUGAGAAGGAGAAAUACCUUCAACUUCAAGUCGCCGACAAAGAACGUUAUGUCCGGGAAUAUCGAGAGGCGUACGGCGAAGAGCCGGCUUUUCUGCGCUCGGGUAAAGAUGAAUGAGGGUAAAGCCUGUAGGCUUUUACUCUAAUGCAAACUGUAACGGUGUUUCACCUUUGUAUUUGGGUAGGCGACUGGGAGUGGUCUGUUUUCCUUAUGAAAUGCAAAUGCCUGAUUGAUGUGCAUUCUAUUCAUCUCCUUGAUUUGUGUCUUUGUCCUGGGUAUUUUAUGGCUUCACUGAACCGAUUACUUGUAUUUUAAAUGUACUGUUGUUAUGUCGGGGUCUACUGUUGUCGCAAUGCCAUCAUACCGCGAAUUGCAGGCCGAUUCUCGUACCAUCUUUGGUACAGUCCGCGGCCUCUCUACUUCGGCCCUACAUCGUUUUAGUCAGCGCCUCAAUGUAGUUAAG